UUAACGACAUAAAGACUUUAGUAUGUCAUAUAUUUUAUAUUUCUUUUGAAAUUAUGGUUAAGCGUUAACAUCUUUAAUUAUAUUUUCUAGACCGAUUAUUUAAAUCAACUCUACAAAUUUGAAACACCCACUAUUAUUUCAUAUGAAAAGGUGGCCCCUAUUGAGCAAAAAAUGAACGACAGCUUAUUUAAUGUUCGUUUAAUCCCAGGAAUCACAAACCAUCAUAAAGAAAUUACCAUGGAAUGUUGGACUCAAGAUAAUAUAUACUUGAAUUUACCGUUCUGGAUUAAAGAAUAUCAAUUGAAUCAUGGUAUGGUGGUAACUUCUUAUGGUCUUGUACCCGGGAUCAAACCUGCUUUAGAUUUUUUAUCGGUACCUUCAAUUAAACGGAAAAGAAAAAUAAGAUUGAAAGCGUCUUUUAUACGAAACGAAUUAUUACACUCCAAAAUUUAUAUUGAUGAAUCAAAUUUGGAAAAUUUUCCAUUUUUGACACUUUUUGACACUGCACCAACAAAUGUUAUUCAAUGUAAUAUCUUUCAUGAAGAAGUUGUAAUUAACAUCUGGGAAAAACAAAAACAAAUAAGCGAACCAUCUCAACAAUUGGUAGAAGAUAUCAAGUGUGCUUUAAAUGACAUAAAUCCGUAUAAAUCAUUGGAAAAGGUCUUUUCGGAGUAUGGUCAUGUGAUUAGUACAGAGAUCACUAUGGGAGGAAGAUUAGGCUUAGGUGAUUCAACAGUCAAUGAAAAAGCCCAAGAGAAAUUUCAUCAAUAUUUAAACGGUAAAGAAUGGUCGGAAUGGUCGGAUACUAUUAUAUUGGAAUGUAAAGAUCUGCUAAAAAAAUUAAACAUGAGUGAUCAAAAACUUAUUGCAUAUAACAAUUCUGAAACGAAUCUAAAUGAGUUAAAUACUUGGUUAAAUAAUACUUCUGAGAAACCGAAUUCAUGGUCUUUAGUAGAUCAACCAAAACUAAUUUCAUUAUAUGAAAUAUUUCAUGAAGAUAUUAAAAAACAAAUUCAAAAUUUGUUGGAAAAUAAACAAAAGAUUUUAAUGACGGGGGUUACUAAACUUAGCAGCAGUAAAAUACGUUACUAUCGAGUUGAGUUUGAGAAUUAUCUCCUAACAAGUGAUGAUUAUCAAAUUAUAGGAUCUAUUAUUGUGAAUAACGAAAGAUUUGAUGAUUUAAGUGUAAAAUUUCAUAUGAAGAGUAUUUCUGGAUUCUCGAUAAUUAUUAAAGAAUACAAAAAGUUAGAUAAAGAAAUUAAAGGGGAUUUGAAAGUUGUUUGGCAACUAAUUGGUAAACCGAAGUCCGUUGGAUAUUUCAGUAAACAUACGAGAAAUAAUGAAGUAUUUAAUACGGAAUUCGUGACUGAAAUUCCUGAACAGAAAAUUUCUCUUCAAAUCGAUGUAAAAGAAGAAUUAUCUCCGGAUUUUAUUAUUGCAACUUCUAUUCAAUACCCUCCUACCAAUUAUGAGUAUAUGCUUCAAGUAGUCGUAAAAUCUUGGUCUGGAAAAAUAAUUGACUUAGAUAUUAUAAAUUUUGACUCUUUUGAUGAUACACCGGAUAAGGCAUGUAUACAGUUGUAUGUAAUCAAUCCCAAUCAACAAGAGUCUGUUAUUGCAGAUUUUGGUUCUGAGCAAGUUUUGUGGAAGCUUAUUGGACAAAAACUGGGAUCAGGGACAUUGCCCGAUAUUCGAGUCGUUGUUGGAUUAGACUUUGGGACAACCUAUUCCGGGUUUGCAUAUUGUUAUGUUAGCGAAGAAAGAAAUAUACGUUCAAAUGAUAAUUGGUCUGGCGAAAUUGGCAAAUUAAAAACAAAAACAGCUCUUCAAUAUGAUAACGAAUAUAAUAAUGUAAAAUUUUGGGGUGCACCAGCUUUGGCUAAAGAGCGAAGUCGUAGAAUGAGAAAGCAAAAUAGUAAUGAACCCAUUGACUUGUUCAAAUUACAUUUAAGUGAUUUAUCAGAUGAACUUAAACCAAAACUUCCAGUUUGUUAUAAAAAGGCUAUUACUGAUUAUCUUAGAGAAAUCGGCAAGGUAAUUAAAAAAAUUAUUGCAACAACUUGGCCAGGUGUUAAUUACCUUGAGAAUGUUCUUUUAGUUAUUACAAUUCCUGCAGAAUUUUCUGAAACGUCAAAAUCAAUUAUGAGAACAUGUGCGUUUGAUGCAGGAUUGAUUAAAGAAAAAUAUUCAACAAAUUUGCAGUUUACCACCGAAACCGAAGCUGCUGCGAUUUAUUGUAUGGAAAUGAAUCUUAAAGAACAAGCUCUUGCGCAUCCAGGAACAAAUUUUAUGAUAGUUGAUUGCGGGGGUGGUAUGGUAGACGUAACAGUCCGAAAAUUAAUAAACAAUGAUCAAUUAGGUGAGAUAACUGAAAGAGCCGGAGAUUUUUGUGGAAGCAUUUUUAUCGAUGCUGAGUUUGUUAAAUAUUUACGAAAAAUACUUGGAGACAAACCCAUGGAUUUACUUAAAGAUCGCAAUUAUGGACAACUGCAAUCUUUGAUACAACAAUUUUGUGAAAAUUGUAAAUUACCUUUUACAGGGGAUAAUCCAGACUUUUCAUAUGAUUUGGAUCUUGAAGAUGCUCGUCCAAUUUUGUUAGAAUACGUGAGUGAUGAAGUUAGAACAAAAUUAGAGAAUAAUGAUUGGACAAUUGAUAUUGAUUUUGCAACUGUGGAAUCAAUAUUUGAACCUGUUAUCCGACGAAUCCUUAAAUUGAUAAAAGCUCAAUUACGUAAUUCUCAAGAAACUUGUUCUGCAAUGUUCUUAGUUGGAGGUUUUAGUGAAUCAAAAUAUUUACAUAGAAGAAUUAAACAGGAAUUUCAACAUAUAGUGAACCUUAUUUCGGUUCCAGUUCUACCAACGGCAGCAAUUUCACGUGGAGCUACAAUGUAUGGAUUGUCCAUAAUAUCAAAAAAGAGUGUUAUUUCUUCAAGGAUUCUUAAAUAUACUUAUGGAGUUGAUAUGUUGAGAAAAUGGG